UCCCAGCCACAUUGUUUCAUCGCAAGUGAUAAGAAAGAAAUGGCUUCCAAGUGCAUGCAAAAGCCACACGCAAUCUUCCUCCCAUGUCCUGCCCAAGGCCAUAUCAUGCCCAUGAUGCACCUUGCCAAGAUACUCCACUCAAGAGGCUUCCACAUCACCUUCGUCCACACCGAGUUCAACCAUCUACAUCUCAUCCGGACCGGUGCCAUCGAUCCGACAGUUGAGAUUGAAGGGUUCUGUUUUGAGGCCAUACCUGAUGGCCUACCGCAGCCUGCGGAUGCAAAUGCAUUGCCAGACAGUACGGAAUCCACCAUGUCAAUAUUCAAACACGGUUUGGCUACUCUAAGGGAACUUAUACGGAGAAUCAAUGGGGACUCUCAGGGUGGCCCACCAGUGAGUUGCAUGAUCAGAGAUGCAUUCAUGAGUGUUGCUCAGCCAAUCGGAGACGAGUUUGGGAUCCCUGAUGUAGCAUUUUGGCCCAUGUGUGGUGGCAGUUUCAUGGGAUUCUUCCAUAUUGAUGAGCUCAUACAACGAGGGUACCUCUUCAAAGAUGCCAACUGUUUAACCAACGGAUAUCUCGACACUUGCAUCGACUGGAUUCCAGCAAUGCCGGGCAUCCGUCUUAAGGAUCUUCCAACUUUCAUCAGAACAGUGGACCCCAAUGAUAUCAUGCUCGACUUCUCCAUAAAAGUGGCUCAGACUUUAUUGAAGGCUUCAGCAAUCAUUCUCAAUACAUUUGAUGAAUUGGAUCAUGAGAUAAUUGAAGCUGCCAAUCAUAAAUUUAGGCUACAGAGAACUUACACUUUAGGUCCUUUAUUCGCACUCUGUAAUCAGAUUCCAAAUGACAAUUUGAACUCCGUUAAGUCGAAUUUUUGGAAAGAAGAGAUGGAAUGCAUAGAGUGGUUAGACAAGAUAGCUGAUGAUACAGUUGUUUAUGUGAAUUUUGGUAGCCUUGCGGUUCUGACACCAGAGCAGAUGAAAGAGUUCGCAUGGGGGCUGGCGAAUAGCAACCAUCCAUUCAUGUGGUUCAUCCGGCCAGAUCUUGUAUCUGGGGGAUCAGCUAUUUUGGAGCGAGAGUUCCUGGAGGAAACGAAAGGAAGGGGUUUGAUAGCGGGUUGGUGUGCACAGAAACAAGUGCUGGAUCAUCCUUCAGUGGGCGGGUUUCUAACACACAAUGGAUGGAAUUCGACCUUGGAGAGCAUUCAUAGCGGUGUUCCAAUGCUGUGUUGGCCUUUCUUUGGGGAUCAACAGAUGAAUUGCCGCUUCGCAUGCACCGUUUGGGGGAAUGGAAUGGAGAUUGAUAGUGAUGUGAAGAUAUCAGAGAGAGAGAGAGUGGAGGGUGCCAUUAAGGAAUUGAUGGAAGGAGAGAAAGGGAAGGAGAUGAGAAAGAAUGCAAUGAAAUGGAAGGAGAAAGCUAGAAAAGCUGUUGAAGUUGGAGGGCCUUCUCACAUUAGCUUUGAUAGAUUGGUGAAUGAUUUGUUGGUUAUGAAACGUUAGCUAUUUGCUUUUUUCUUUUUAAUGGAAUGUUUAAUGUGUGUGGCCCACCUUUUAGAACCACGAUCUACAUCGAAUAAAGCCACGCGCUAAGAAAAAUCACUUGGGCCUGUGUUUCUC